AUGGCUGAACCAGACAUUUACACAAGCACAGACGACUUAAUACGGAGAUCCAACGAGAUAAAAGUUCUACUUAGAAAGCUUACCUUCAACUCCACGGGGGUGUAUAAGUGUGAAGUGUCCGCCGAUUCGCCCCACUUCCACACUUACGAGGACCAAAGUGUCAUGGUAGUGGUCGAGCUGCCGGAACAGGGCCCAACGAUCCACGGAGGAAGGAGCCAUUACAGAGUAGGGGAUGUUGCUCGACUCAACUGCACCUCUUCAAAGAGUAAACCUGCAGCUCAACUCACAUGGUUCAUCAACGAAGAGAAGGUUUCGUCACCCCAUCUGGUGGAGUAUUAUCCAUGGGUUCACCACGAUGGAUUGGAGAGCAGGAGGCUGGGUUUAUCCUUCACGGUUGACAAGUCGCACUUCCUCAAGGGCGACCUGGUGCUCAAGUGUCAAGCUACAGUGGCAGCCAUCUACACAGCCAUUAAGGAGGAGGACGCAAUCGUCUCCGAGGGCGACCCUCUCAUACUCGAGCAGCGAGAACAGCGCAUUCUCGUACGAAGCGCUGGAUCAACGGUGCUGCCAACCUCGACCGUGUCAGUUGUGUUGGCAAUCCUGAUGGGUUGCCAGGCAGUCACGUGACUUUGUUUACAUCGGCUGUAUUUGGUAGCUCGCGAAAGAGCGUCAACAUUUUAGACUUGAUGAUGAUGCUUAAUUAAUUUUCAAUGUUAACUAUGUUACACUUCUUUUAUGCAAAGAAGUGUGUAUAUAAUCAAUGUAAAAUGUUACACAAUAAUUAUAUA